AUGCCGGACGUCAGGACGUCGAGCGAGAAACAGGUCACUCGCAGACCCUUGCGACCGUUGAGCACCACGGUGGUGUGCGCCACCCUUGCCGGGCUCUUCGGCGCUGCCUUCGUGGGCGGUGGCGCGCCCACGCUGCGGGACACGGCGCCAGACGUUGAAGGCUGCGUCACCAUGGGCACAAGGUCUCGUACGUGGCAGGGUGGCAGGCCCAACAAAGCAAUGAUUCGUUCAAGGAAGGGUAAGAUGCCCUCGGUGAACAACAUGAAGGACACGUACUUCAUCGUGUAUUGCCGUUCCCCGAAGAUCAAGGAGUGGAAGCCCCUCAACAUCGUCAGCGGGUCCGAGGCCAUGAAAACCCUGAAGAGCGCCACGGACAACAAGAUUGCCAAGACCGUCGGCGUUGACAAGUUGGCAGAGGGCCAGGUCGUGAAGGGAAUUGGCAUGCAGCUCUACAAGCAGAAGGAUGAGAUCCUGGAUCAGGCCCGGCAGAUGCACCCGAGCAUCAAGUAUACCGAGAAUGUUCAGUUCGGCUUCAAGGAGAUCAAGAACAACACGGUCUUCAACGACAACCCAGGCCAAUUCAUGGACAUGAGGAACAUCGAGCUGAUUCCUCCCGAGGAGGAGUUGAGGAACCUUCUGGACGACGCAGGUGAGGCCGUCGAGGAGGUGCAGAGCCAGGUGAGCAAGGUUGGAGAUCAGGUGAAGGGCUUCUUCUCCUCUGGCGGCAACUGA